CCUUGGAAGUGAAAUUAAGUACGCAGCAUUCUUUCCAACUACAAAUGUCAAAUGUUGGUCACUCUCGUCUAUUUCCCAAAAUUACUCUCGCGGUGUCGCUUCGUCGCGACGUGUAAUGGCGGGUGCCGUCUUCCUCUAGUCUCUCAGCUUCUACGGACUUGACCUACGCGCUCGCGCCCUCGCCCUCGCCCUCGCCCUUGCUCUUGCUGACGCCGUCUAUUUUCCCCUACAGAUGAUUCCGGCCGACGCGAAUGGUAUGAGAGAAUGCAGUUAAUUUUCGGGGUGUCCGUAGCUGUGCUUUCUCUAUUGCUGGAGGUCUUUUUAUUUUGGUAUAGAAAACUCUGGGGAAGAUGGACAUCGAAAAGCCCGAUAGACGAACGGCUCAAUGCUCUGCGCAAUGCCGUGACAUACGAAGAUUGGGAACAUGCAGCAUUGCAGUUGGAUAAUCUUAAGGAAUUGAAUCUUUGGCGCAACAACCCCUCGUCGCAUUACUACGAUUGGAUGCUCAUCAACAAUCGUCUCGAUACUAUCGCCGAGGCUCGUGAUAAUAAUGACUUACAGUCUCUCCUCGAUCUCGUACAAUCCGGCCUGGUUCGAAACCUCGGAAAUAUCACAGCCCCAAGGUUGUAUAAUCGCGCCUUUGCCGGAACCAAAUAUCUGAUUGAAGAAUACAUUGCGCAAGUCGCUGGUGCCAUCGACGACAUCAAUCGUCGUGUCGCUACGCCGCCGCACGACAGCUAUACUCAUACGUACACCCUCUCGACCCAGCGAAAGCUCGACUUCCUACACGAUUCGAGACAGGCUUUUGGACGGAGCACUCUAGUACUACAGGGUGGUGCUAUGUUCGGAUUGUGUCAUCUGGGUGUUGUCAAGGCCUUGUUUCUACGGGGUCUACUGCCGCGUAUCAUUACGGGCACGGCGACCGGUGCGCUCAUUGCUAGCCUAGUAGCUAUCCAUACAGAGGACGAGCUUCCUCGUGUGUUGAGAGGAGACGGCAUUAAUCUAUCAGCCUUCGAGGCACACGAGCAACAAGUACAUAGUGACAAAUGCAAUUGGGCACCCUUUCUCAGUACUUUGUUGCGUAGGAUCGCGAGGUUCUGGCACGAAGGCUACUUUCUCGAUGUCAAGGUUCUAGAAGAUUGCGUUAAGGACAACCUUGGCGACUUGACGUUUGAGGAAGCAUAUCACAGGAGUAAGCGCGUCUUAAAUAUCACCGUGGCUACAGAGGAACAAGAGGGAAUUCCCGCAUUACUGAACUAUAUUACCGCCCCUAACGUGCUAAUUCGGACCGCGGCUGUCGCAUCUAAUGCGUCAACUCCGUCACUUUACGGAAGCAGGCGGACGACGGUGCUGUGCAAAGAUGUAGACGGUAAGAUUGUACCCUGGGCGCCUGCGAAUACCUUCCGUCCGCAGACACAUGCAUCAGCCCAAGACCGCAAAUCGCCACUGUCGCGUGUUGCCCAGCUCUUCAACGUCAAUCACUUCAUAGUUAGUCAAGCUCGGCCUUAUUUGAUUCCCUUCCUCAAAUCGGACAUGCAUGGCCCAUCACUCUUCACGGCGCGGCAUAAGCGGGCACAGAUGACGAGCCACCUGUUCAGGGUGGUCGGACUAGAGAUUCGCCAUCGGCUACACCAGCUAGACACACUUGGUCUGCUGCCGACCGGCAUUCGCAAGUUCUUGGUAGACGAGGAGGUCCCGUCUGGAUCGAGUAUGACGCUCGUGCCUAAAGUAACGACACGCGACUUCGUGCGCCUGCUCGAGACCCCAACACGCGAGACCCUAGACUACUGGAUUCUACGCGGCGAGCGGAGCGUGUGGCCGGCCGUGUGUGCACUAACCAUCAGAUGUGCGGUCGAGUACGAAAUUGAGAGUGCAUACCAGCGUGCGCGUAGCUUGAAAGCCGGGGGUCUAAGGCGAAGGGCGAGCACUGGGGGAGUGGCGCCGCCGGCAGGCCUGGUUGACGCGAAGACAAUCGCGCCUGGUGGGCUACCACCCGAAGGAGUUUCGUAGAGCGCGGCAGCGAACUAACAACCUCGUGUGCUUCCUGCAGCCACCGUGGUAGAGGAAGAACACGAGCUAGCCGAGACUUGGGUGCGCAAUAGUCUAGUUGACCGAGAGAGCAAGGAAAGGACAGGGAGAGCCAAGUCAGCCUCGAGGUCAAUGCAGCUGGCUUCCGGUCAUCUGAAAAAUGCUGGUGGAUUGCGAUAUGCGUUCUAGCGGCGCAGGAUGGCGGUAUAUAAAUGAAUAAAUAAAAGCA